GAUGCAAACCAACAAAACCAAGGCCAAGCUGGCCGCCGGCGACGUGGUCUUCGGGGCGAUUAUUACUCGCUACUCACCCGAUUUGGUGGAAAUAUUCGGGGCCGUCGGGUAUGACUUCGUCAUGAUUGACUGCGAACACGGCCCAAUGAACCUGGACCAGGUGGAGCACAUGGUGCGGGCCGCCGAGUCCUUUGGAAUAACUCCGAUAGCCCGAAUCCCGAACCACGAGGAAUCCACUAUUUUGCGAUUCCUGGACCGAGGACUCCAGGGCAUAAUAGUGCCCCACAUCAACACCGGAGAAAUGGCUGCCGGAGUGGCUCACGCCGCACGGUAUUAUCCCGAUGGCCAGCGGGGCAUGGGCGGUGGCAGGGCCCAUGAUUAUGGCAUAGGGGUUACCAGGGACGAAUCCACCACGUGGGUAAACUCGCAACUGCUGGUCAUCCCGAUGGUGGAGGAGGUUGAGGCGGUCAACAAUCUUGACCAGAUCCUGGCAGUGCCCGGCGCCGACGUACUGCACGUCGCCGCUUCCGACCUGGGCCAAAGCAUGGGCUUCCCGCCGGUGUCCGAGGUGCGCAAGGUAAUGGGCGAUGUAAUUCCGCGGGUACGAGCCGCCGGCAAGAACGUGGGCGUGGGCGGCAACAAUCCGGGCGAUGCGGCCGGCGUGGCGGAGUUCAUCAAGCUGGGCGCCAACUUCGUUACAGUCUCUUCCCAGGGACUGAUGCGCCUGGCUGCCGAGGAUUUCCGCAAGCGGGUGUCCGAGGCGCUGGCAGGUUAGCCCGCCGCCCAGAUGACAUCAGUGUACAUUCGUCCCAAUAGGUGGAUAAAAGAAAACAGGAGGCAAAAUCAUGCCUGACACGACGUUGAAACUGGAACAGGUACAGGCGGCAAUGGCAGCAAUGAUGGCCAAAGCCAUGGAGACCCCGGACGCACCGAUUGCCAUGGCCAUCGUCGAUGCGGCCGGCAACCUGGAAGCCUACGCCAAGAUGGACAACCUGCGGAUGUUCAGCCGCCGCCAUGCUUUGCGGAAGGCCUACACCGCGGCAAUUAUGGGAGGCGACACUGGCGCCAACGCAGAGCGGAUGCACAGCCAGGGCCGCAGCAUCAGCGAGAUGGGCGACUCCAACCUGACCCACGGCCAAGGCGGGCUGGUCAUCAUGAAAGACGGUGUAAUCCUGGGUGGUAUUGGCGUUGGCGGCUACCCCAGCGGGCAGGCUGACGAAGACGUGUCCCGGGUCGGCCUGGAGGCCAUGAAUCUGUAG